UUUUGUCUUUUACCAUCUAUUUGUAAACGAAUAUGCGAAAUGAAAAUAUCGUGAUAAAUUUUGGGGAAGAGCAAACUUUAAUUAAUCCGAAUAAGAUAAAAUAUCCAAUUGCUGCAAUAUUUCAUCUUUUUUUCCGUUAUUUAUCCAUAAUAAUAUAUUUUAUUUGUGCAUGGUUGACCAAUAGCUUUAUUAUUAGCUUUAUUAUAAUACUAGUACUGCUUGCAUUGGAUUUUUGGACUGUUAAAAAUAUAACAGGAAGAUUAUUAGUUGGUCUUAGAUGGUGGAAUUUUGUAGAUGAAAAUGGUGAAAAUCAUUGGAUUUUUGAAUCAAGAAAAGUAAAAUUAUUAUUACAUACUAUCUUAAAUACUAUUAUACAGUCAAAUCCUCAAAAUAUGAAUUACAUAUUUACAACUUUAGUGGAAUCACAAAUAUUUUGGAUAGGAUUAAUGUUAAGUCCUUUAAUAUGGAUACUUUUAUUUUUCAUAGCACUCUUUACACUGAAAUUUAAAUGGAUGCUAAUUGUUAGUCUUGGUAUCUUACUUAAUGGUGCAAAUUUAUAUGGAUAUAUCAGGUGUAAAAUGGGAGAUAAUUCGGAAAUUAAAACAACCUUUUCAAAUUUUUUCUAUUCAAAGAUGAUUGGAAAUUUUUUUUCCUCCAGUUUUAAAAAUAAAAUGACAACACCAAAAACUCAAUCACAAGAACCUACAAAUAUAUUUUCACCCAAUGUUUUAUAAAGUUAUAUAUGAUAAAAUUAUUACCAAAAUGCAAUGGAUGAUAUAUUGUGAUUAUAGAUAUUAUUUAAUAUUUAAAUAGAAGAGUUAUUUAACCUUUUGUAUUAUCUUAAAUAAUAUUAUGUAUUUAUACUAAUAUUUCAAAAUUUAAUCUGUAAAUAAGUUUAAUGUUGCCUAUUUGAAAUAAAAGUAAUUAAAUAGAUAAUUUUUUUACUUUAAAAAGGGAAAUGAUAGCAAUAUUUGGCACAAGUAUUUUUUUUUAAAAUUACUGAUUAAAUUUUGCUUGCACAACAAACUAAUCCUCGCAAUCAAUUAUUUAUUUUUUUGACUAUAAAAAUUCAAAUUAUAUUAUUUAUAAUAUUAAAAAACUCUUUUAAAAAAUAAAAAAUAAGCUUUCUGGAACAUAACUUUUUUUAAAA